ACUAUUAAAUGUCACGUUGACAUUUUAAGUUGUGGAUGUGGACACGUAUUAUUAGUUUUGGAUUGUAAUUUAUUUCCAUUUAGAGUAAUAUAUAGUAGAUACUUUGAAUGUUAGAACUUAAAAAGUAGUAACGCAUCAUUUCUUUAGAGCAAUACGUAAACCAAAAUUUAUUCACCAUGGCAGGCGUAGAGCAGCCCUGCUAUACUUUGAUCAACUUCCCCACCGAUUCAGAGCCUUACAAUGAGAUGCAACUCAAGUUGGACCUUGAAAAAGGUGAUACCAAAAAGAAAAUUGAGGCACUAAAGAAGACAAUAGGCAUAAUUCUGUCUGGUGAGAAGAUCCCCGGUCUCCUGAUGAUCAUCAUCAGGUUUGUGUUGCCACUGCAGGAUCACAUGAUCAAGAAGCUCCUGCUCAUCUUCUGGGAGAUUGUACCAAAGACCACUCCCGAUGGCAAGCUCAUGCAGGAGAUGAUCCUCGUCUGUGAUGCCUACAGAAAGGAUCUGCAACACCCCAAUGAGUUCAUCCGUGGCUCAACCCUCCGUUUCCUAUGCAAGCUGAAGGAGCCAGAGCUCCUAGAGCCUCUAAUGCCAGCCAUCAGGGCUUGUCUAGAACACCGCCACUCCUAUGUCAGGAGAAAUGCAGUUCUAGCCAUUUUUACCAUUUACAGAAACUUCGAGUUCCUAAUUCCCGACGCACCAGAACUGGUUGCGAACUUCCUGGAGUCGGAGCAAGAUAUGUCCUGCAAGAGGAAUGCGUUCCUCAUGUUGCUACAUGCAGACCAGGAGAGAGCAUUGUCCUACCUGGCGUCAAGGCUAGACAAUGUGCAAGGCUUCGGAGAUAUCCUGCAGUUGGUUAUAGUCGAGCUUAUUUAUAAGGUGUGUCACGCUAACCCGUCAGAACGAUCCCGCUUCAUCCGCACGGUGUACGGUCUGCUGAACGCCACUAGCGCCGCCGUGCGGUACGAGGCCGCCGGGACACUCGUCACGCUGUCCAACGCACCCGCGUCUAUCAAGGCGGCGGCAGCGUGCUACAUCGACCUGAUCGUGAAGGAGAGCGACAACAACGUGAAGCUGAUCGUAGUGGGCAGGCUGGGAGCGCUGCGCGAGGAGGGCGGCGAGGCGGCGGCGCGCGCGCUGCCCGACCUCGCCAUGGACGUGCUGCGGGUGCUCGCCUCCUCCGACCUCGACGUCAGGAAGCACACGCUGCAGCUGGCGCUGGAGCUGGUGAGCUCCCGCCACGCGGAGGAGCUGGUGCAGGUCCUGCGCAAGGAGGCGGCGCGGGCCGCGUCGGCCGACCACGACGACGCCGCCAAGUACCGCCAGCUGCUCGUGCGGGCCAUGCACCGGGCCGCGCUCAAGUUCCCUGAGGUAGCGGGUAGCGUGGCCCCGGCCCUGCUAGAGCUGCUGGGCGACGGCAGCGAGCCCGCCGCGCAGGACGUCAUGCUGUUCCUGCGCUCCGCCUUACACACCUUCGUGGAUCUGCGAGACCAUAUCUAUCAGAAACUAUUGGAAGCAGUCCCCGGUAUCCGCGUGGGUAAGAUCGCCCGCUCGGCGUUGUGGCUGCUGGCGCAGUUCGCCGACACGCCGCAGCGGGCAGAGGCCGCGCUCGAAGUACUGUCGUCGGUCAUACCCUCACCCACCGCCACGGAUGAGGAAAAGGAAGAGACCGAAGCCGCUGCGGCUAAGGUUCAGGACACGUCAGCUCCUCGUCAGCUGGUGACAAGUGAUGGGACAUACGCUACACAGUCUGCCUUCAAUUUGCCUGUCGCGGCGGCGGCGGGCGCGGCGGGCGCGGGGCUGUGGGCGGCGCUGGGCGCGGGCGAGAGCUUCACGGCGGCGUGCGCGUGCUCGGCGCUGUGCAAGCUGGCGCUGAAGCUGGCGCCGCCGCGCGCGCUGGCCGCCGCGCACGCCGCCGCGCGCCUCAUGGCGCAUCACAAGCUGCACGGCUCGGGCGCGCAGGCGGGGCUGACGGCGGACGACGUGGAGCACGGCGCGGUGUGCGUGGUGGCGGGCAGUCUGCAGCCGCCCGUGGUGCGCGCCGCGCUGCUGGGCGGCGCCAGCCACGCGCUGGCCGCGCUGCUGGCGCUGCCCGGCCAUGCCGCCAGCCUGCUGGACGACGCGCACAAGGACCGUGAGCCGAAGCGUCAAGACAACGUUGUCGACGUAGAGACGGGCAUCGUGUUCGCGCAGCUGGCCGGCAACUCCGGCGCCAGCACACACCACGACAUGUUCGAGCUGUCGCUCUCAAAAGCGGUGCAAGGUCGCGGCACUACCGGCGGGUCUACAGACCGCGGCCGGCUGGGCAAGGUGACUCAGCUGACGGGCUUCUCGGACCCCGUGUACGCGGAGGCCAUCGUCGCCGUCAACCAGUACGACAUCGUGCUAGACGUGCUCGUGGUCAACCAGACCGACGACACGCUGCAGAACUGCACGGUGGAGCUGGCGACGCUGGGCGACCUGCGCCUGGUGGAGCGGCCCGCCGGCGUCGUGCUCGCGCCCAGGGACUUCGCCAGCAUCAAGGCGCACGUCAAGGUGGCCUCCACAGAGAACGGGAUCAUCUUCGGGAACAUCGUGUACGAGGUGUCCGGGGCGUCCAUGGACCGCGGCGUGGUGGUCCUGAACGACAUCCACAUCGACAUCGUGGACUACAUCCAGCCCGCGCUCUGCAUCGACGCGGACUUCCGCCAGAUGUGGGCCGAGUUCGAGUGGGAGAACAAGGUGUCCGUCAACACGAAUAUCACGGAUCUUCGCGAGUACCUGCAGCAUCUACUGGCUUCCACAAACAUGAAAUGUCUAACACCAGAAAAGGCACUGUCAGGGCAGUGCGGCUUCAUGGCAGCAAACCUGUACGCGCGUUCUAUAUUCGGUGAAGACGCGCUCGCUAACCUCAGCAUCGAAACACCAUUGCAUAAGCCCAACUCCCCAGUAGUGGGACAUGUCAGAAUCAGGGCUAAGAGCCAGGGCAUGGCGCUUAGCCUGGGGGACAAGAUCAACAUGAUGCACAAGAGCCCGCAGCAGAAGCCCGCCGCCGCCAACACCAUCCCGGCCGCGUAAGAUACCGAACACGACUCGCUAACAACUACAUUGUGACACCAACCUUAUGCCACACACAUAACAACUAAAUUACAUUGAUUAUGUUUUGCGAACUUGAGUCAUUCUAGAUAUUAGAUACAUUUAUGCAUGAAUAACAAUCAUUAGGUUAUAACUUGAGAAAUGUAAGUGUUUGCCUUGCCUUAAUAAAUUGUACGAAUCUAACCGUGUGUUUGUAUGGUCGUGAAAUAAUUUCGGAUAGAAGUUACUUAUGUAAACUUUUGUUUUAUGUAGACGGUGCCUGGCUCAGGCCGGGGUUAGUAGCGUCAGGCUGAAGAAGAAGACAUAACUUUGUAUCGAUAAGUUUGUAACACACAUUACUGUUUCAUGCACUCACCUUGUGACACUGCAGCUCUAACGUUAACGACUAUGUUUACUAUGGAAACUUGUAUAACUUGCGUGCCUCUUAUGAGUCAGGUCUCUUUUGCAAUCAUGACUUAUUUAUAGUCACAAGUAUCCUAUACAGUAUGUCUUUGAGAAUCUUUAAUUCUAUUACCUUAACUUGGCUACUUAGAUAUUUAAUUUAAUUAUUAUUCAUGUGUAAAUAUUGAAACACCAUGUAUUUAGAAUAAGUGUCAUAAUUGUAGUUGUUAUUUAGUCUGUUUAUGUCUAAUAUGUAGUUUUAAUCAUUUAUUAUUAUAGAUUAUUGUAUUAAAUAUAUUAUCCAAUAA